AUGAUUGCAAAAUUCUCCGGUCCCAGGUGCUCCCUCAACCCUGGCUUCUUUUGGUUCUUCGUUUCAUCGCGUCGCCUCCGCCGUUGGUACCCUUCUCAUAGCUCCUGUACCUCGUUCCCACGCAGGAGAGGGUGGUUGUGCUAGCUCCAGUGUUGUAGACCUGGACGUCAGGGACUCCAGCCUCACCUUCUUGUGCCCGUCCUCGAGCCUCCACGAGAUACUGGGGAAGAGAUUAGAGCCGGCCCUAGGUGCGCAUGCUGCUGCCUAGAUUCAUCGCUCGGCCGCUCCACGCUCGUAUCAGCCGCCAGCGCCCUGAUCCUCCCUCUCCCUGACUCCCUCCUCACGUUCUCCGCACGGCUAGAUCUGCACCUGUUCAUUCCUCUCCAGUCCCUAGCGAGAGAUUCAGUCUCGCUUGGCAACCGGCGCCGCCGAAGCCGACAAGGGAGGCACGUGCGCCCAGCGAACACCAAGCUCAAGGUGGGUGAUCGUACUGGCGAACCGCUGCAGCGGCGGCAGGAGCUUGCGUGGCCUGGGCGGAAUGAGCCGAUUGAGGCGUCUAUUGGCUGUGCUUGUUGGCCGAUUCUAGGUUACCUGCAGUCCGCGAAUUCUGAGCUCUUACUCCAUGGCGCCCUCGUCUGCGGAGGCUGACUCGGCGGUGUCCUCCAGCGGCCGUCUCCUCGUGCUCUACGCGUCACAAACUGGGAACGCCAUGGACGCCGCAGAGCGUGUGGGCCGCGAGGCAGAACGUGGCGGCUGCCCGGCCGUCGACGUGCUCUCCAUGGACAGCUUCGAUCCCAGUCGCUUGCCGAGCGAGCGGUUCGUGGUAUUUGUCGUGUCCACCACGGGGCAGGGCGACCCCCCAGAUUCCAUGAAGGUCUGGACAUUUUGAUCUACUAGAUAAUUUCCAAGGGGUUUUGGAGAUAUAUGCUUCGGAAGGAUUUGGAUAGACAAUGGCUUGAGGGGAUCCAUCAUGCAGUGUUUGGACUCGGGGAUUCAGGCUACCAGAAGUACAAUUUUGCUGCAAAGAAGCUUGAUAGAAGGCUUUUACAUCUUGGUGCAGAACCAGUUCUAGAGAUAGGUCUUGGAGAUGACCAACACCCUUCAGGAUAUGAAGGGGCUUUAGAUCCUUGGUUGCUAUCUAUGUGGAAGUCUCUGAAUGAAAUUAAUCCGUCACUCUUACCUAGAGUGUCUGAUAUCAAUGAUCCUAAUUUGAGUUUUUUGGGGGAUCCAAAAGUUCAUGUCAUUUAUUACUCUUCCAAUGAAGUUACACAAGAUCCUAUACUUUUGGAUUCCAAUAAAAUAAUAAGUAGCGCAAGAUCAAUGUCCCCUGCCCUACGGUUCCAUGCUGAUGGAGAGCCACCUUACAUGCUUCAAAUGGUAAAAAAACAGUGUUUGACUAAGGAGGGUACUGAUAGAGAUGUUCGCCACUUUGAAUUGGAAGAUCCAUCUUCGGCCAUGGCCAUCAACUAUAAAAUUGGUGAUGCUCUUGAAAUUCUACCAAGUCAAAAUCCAUCAGCUGUUGAUGCCUUCAUUGAACGCUGUAACUUGGAUCCAGAUUGUUACAUAACGAUUCGAGUGAGAAGUGGGGAUAAAGUUUUCAAGGGUUCAGUUGAGCAGAUGGACCGCAUCAAAUUAAGAACCUUUGUUGCUUUGACAAUGGAUGUCGUGUCAGCUUCCCCUCGGCGAUAUUUCUUUGAGGUCAUGAGCUUUUUUGCAACAAGUGAACGUGAAAAGGAGAGGCUUCAGUAUUUUGCUUCACCAGAAGGAAGAGAUGAUCUUUACCAGUACAAUCAGAAGGAGAGUAGGACUGUUCUAGAGGUGUUGGAGGAUUUUCCUUCAGUGCAAAUGCCUUUUGAAUGGCUGGUGCAACUAACGCCUCCACUGAAGAAAAGAGCCUUUUCUAUCUCAUCAUCCCCACUGGCACACCCAAACCAAAUCCAUUUGACCGUUAGCGUCGUAGCAUGGGUUACUCCAUUCAAGAGAACCCGGCGUGGACUCUGCUCUACAUGGUUGGCCGGGCUCAAUCCAAAUAAAGGCAAUCUUAUCCCGUGUUGGAUACACCAAGGGUCCCUGCCUCCUCCACGUCCAUUGGUUCCUCUCGUGUUGAUUGGACCAGGAACAGGGUGUGCACCAUUCCGUGCAUUUGUGGAGGAAAGGGCUGCACAGGCUGCAGCUGAACCAACAGCCCCGGUUCUGUUCUUCUUCGGCUGUAGAAACCAAGAAAACGAUUUUCUAUACAAGGAUUUCUGGCUAACUCAUGCGCAGGAUGAGGGGGUGUUGUCCUCGAAAAGGGGCGGUGGUUUCUUCGUCGCUUUUUCCCGGGAUCAGCCGCAAAAGGUCUACGUGCAACAUAAGAUAAUGGAACAGAGUUCAAGAGUGUGGAACUUAUUACUGUCCGAUGCAGUGAUCUACAUUGCAGGCUCUUCGACGAAAAUGCCUGCCGAUGUUACAGCUGCGCUAGAGGAGGUUAUUUGUAAAGAAGGUGGUGUCAAGCAAGCGGAUGCUUCGAAAUGGCUCAGGGAUCUAGAAAGGGCUGGUAGACUUAACAUCGAGACAUGGUCAUAGUUGUGAUGGGCAAGAAUAGAGAUGGCAAUGGGUACCCGCGACCCAAUACCCGAUGGGUAUUUACUCCAUUAGGGUAUGUAUGUGGGCUAAAUAUUCUACCCGUGGGUCUGUUAUUGGGCAAAAAUCUUCACCCAAUGGGUAAACGGGUAUUAGAACGUUCCGCCUUCACCCAUACCCGUUAACCCGUGGGUAUAAAAUACCCAAUAUAAACUUAGUCCAAGCAUGAACUUUGACUUUAGUCAUCCAUCUUUUUUACUCUUUAACAACCUUUUAGGCCAUAAUGUCAUAGAAGGCUUAACGACAAUUUAAUGAACAUGUAAUGGGACAUGUAAUGUGCUAUGUAGUACUAUCCUAGUGUUACUACUUUAUCCAAUUAUCUUUGGUGUGUUGAAUGGAUGGUUAAAUGAUUCUAGAAAUUUUGUAAUGGUAUUUAGAUGUUGACAUUUGUAUCAUAUAACAUUUUGAUAGAUGUUUAGCUUUUAUGGGUACGGGUGACCUGAUGGGUGACCCAUACCCACAUGGGUAUGGGUAUGGGGGUAAAUCCAUACCCGCCAGUGUAUAUGGGUGACCCGAUGGGGUUAUUUUUGUGUUGUGGGUAUGGGUAUGGGGUAGUAAUACCCGGUGGGUAUUUACCCAUUGCCAUCUCUAGGCAAGAAAGUACAUAUUAUCCAUGUUUGCUGAAUAUGGAACCAGUGAGAAUUUCAUUUCACUGUAAAUCAAAGGCAUUGGAAAUGUGGAAACAUGUAGAUGUUAAAGCAUCCAAUACGGAGAAAUAGUUGGAGGAUGAUCUAAAGUUUCCUCAUUUAGCCCUCUGUACGAAACACCAUUUCAUUUGAUUAAGUGAGAACAGUAAUUACAUCA